CUGCUUUAAUCCUCUUUGCUUAAUACAGAUUUCCCCCUUGCUUUCAGAGUGAGCAUUUCAUUACAUAUCUUGAAUGUCUAGUAUAUAUAAUCAAGAUAUUAAGCAAAUGAAUAUUUAUUAAAUACCAAGAAUGUGACCAAUGUUUGCCAGAUAGUUGGGAAGAGCAGUUGGAUAAUUCAAAUUAUGAAAGUUAUUUCUUGGUUAGAAACGUGUUCAGUAGCAAAAACUCUGACUUGAGCAGCUUAAACAAAUAGGAGUUUGUAUUUCUCAAGUAAGAGGAGGUCCAGAGGUAGAGAGUUGCUGGUGUGUGAUAAAGUCAGGGCCAAUAUCUCUGUGUUUCUCUUUGCCUUUUUUUUUUUUUUUUUUCAUGCUGGUUGCUUUAUUUUCACAAAAUAGCGGCUACAACUGAAAGUAUAAUAUCCAUAUUUGAAGGGAGAGGAAGAAGGCACCUGAAGGAUUUCUUUUUACCUCUAUCAGACAAGAAAAAGCUUUCUCAGAAACCAGCCUCUCAAGCAGAUUGCCACAUAGAUCUUAUUGACUGAAACUGGGUCCCAAGGCCACCCUUGGUUGCUAGGGAGGCAAGGGAAUCAGGGAACAGAUUUGUCAUCAUUGGCUUAGAAAUGUCAUAGCUCAUCAUUCAGGACUGAGCACAUUGCCACUCUGAACAAAAUAGUAGUCCGUAGGUAGGAAGAAAUGUGGGGAUUGAUAUUGGGUAGGCAUGAGUGUCUACACCAGUGGUACUAGUCAAAAAACAAAAAACAAAACAACAAAAAAAGGAAAAUUAAUGUGGACUACAAAAGCUGGAAAAUGAUGGCUGUGAUACAGCAUAAGCUGGACUACAAGAUAACUAGAGCAAUUAGACUGAUAAAAGAAUAAUUACUGGACACUCCAACUACAGGAAGAACAAAAGCUUAAAAGCAGGAACAUAUAAGCCAUAUAUGGGUUAUUUAGUACGUGCUUACUGAAUCAUAGUAAAUGAAUGUGUAAUAUUCCAACACAGAAGUCCAGACGUGAUUUAAUAAAUCAUGGAGAUAACAGAAUAGAAAAUUUAAAAUUUAGGACUCCCUUGGCAAUACCAAGAUAAAGGGAAACACUCAUAUAGUAUGGCUACGCUCUAGGGUACUCAUCAAGGAGUACUGGAACCUGGGAUGCCUAAACAAGGUAGAGCAAGAAAUGGAGGCUGAAAUACCAAGUUAAUCAUUUGAACUUGAUCUGUGAAAACCUGAAUAUGUUUCUGGGAUCAAGUUUUUGAUAAUAUGCAAGUUAUAGCCUCCAACAGGCCCUCCAACUAUUGGAAGCAUCAGGCUUGUUGCUGUCACUUGCUCCUCGUUUCUCUAAGUUCUGUUCUCUGUGACCUUCAGGGAUUUCCACUAUGAAAGGAGCUUUGGGAAAAUGAGAAGUAGUUCAUUGGAGAUUUCUAGAUUCCUACUUUACAAUAAUUGACAUUUUACAUUUAUUCAGUUUCUUUCUAUGACAGUCACUUUAUUGUAGUUUUUAGUUCAUUAAAAUACCUGACAACAAGCUGUUUACCUUCUAAUCAAGAAUUUAAAUGUCUUGAUUUUUAAGCAAAGAAAAGAAUUUAAUACUGUUCAAAAAAAAUUGAGUUGGUCAAAAGGAUAAUUUGAUUGGCUUUUGCUGUUGGUGCUGAUUUAACCAGACAACUCAGCCGAGAGUCAAACUUGUUUCUGCAAAUACCACACAAGUAACUUCCACUAAUGGGAAAUUGCCUUUCUUAUUAUAGUCUUGCUUAUUUUCUGUCUAACAAAGGAUAAAGUGUCUUGUUCAAUUUUGUUUCCCGAACCCUAGAAUUUAAAUUUGGCUUACCAUCUGCAGUAUAGCUAAGUAGUAAACUGAAAUAAUAAAUGGAAGUAAUUUUAUUUUUGAAUUGCACCUCCGUGAAUCCCACAUAAUUUCAAGGACUUGACAUUAUUUUUUGUUUUUACAACCUAAACAUUACCUGAAAAAUAAUGCCAAUAGAGUGAGGGAUAGGCACAGAUUAAAAUGUGCAACCUUAGGUAAUGGCAUUUCUAACACCCUUAUGGUCUAUAGCCAUUUAAUGUUUGUUUAUUACUUGAGACUUCAGCAUCUUUAGUUGGAUUAGAAGAAUUCAGAUUAUUUGAGCUGAAGAGUAAUUCUUAUUUUGGCAAAAGAACAUCUAUUUUAUUUUAAUUGACUGAGUUAUAUAUUUUCAGUGACAGAUCUUUAACUCCUCCAAAGACUGUAACAUUAUUAAUAUUGCACUUGGAUAAGUCAGUUUACCUGGGCAUUGUUUUUUUGUUUGUUUGACUCACAAUGUUGUGUUAGUUUCAGGUGUACAGCAAAGUGAUUCAGUUUCUCAUAUAUAUAUAUAUAAAUAAUUUUUCAGAUUAUUUUCUAUUCUAGGUCAUUACAAGAUAUUGAAUAUAGUUCCAUGUGCUAUACAAUAGGUCCUUGUUGUUUAUCUAUUUUAUAUAUAGUAGUGUGUGUCUGUUAAUCCCAAACUCCUUAUUUAUCCUUACCCCUCUUUCCACUUUGGUAACCAUAAGUUUGUUUUCUAUGUCUGUGAGUCUGUUUCUGUUUUGUAAAUAAGUUCAUUUAUAUCAUUUUUUAGAUUUCACGUAUAAAUGGUACCAUAUAUGUCUUUCUGUCUGAUUUACUUUACUUAGUAUGAUAAUCUCUACAUCCAUCCAUGUUGCCACAAAUGGCAAUAUUUCAUUCCUUUUAUGGCUGAGUAAUAUUCCAUUAUAUAGAUAUGCCACAUCUUCUUUAUCCAUUAAUCUGUUGAUGGACACUUAUGUUGCUUCCAAGUCUUGGCUAUUGUAAAUAGUAAUGCUAUGAACUGGGCAUCAGUUUUUUUUUUUUCUUUUUAUUGAGUUAUAAUCAGUUUACAAUGUUGUGUCAAUUUCUGGUGUAAAGCACAAUUUUUCUGGGCAUCAGUUUUAUCAUCUGCAGAAUGGAGUCGCUGGACUUACAUGAUCUCUAGCUACUUUCAGUUCUAAAAUUGCUCUCAUUUUUCAGUUCAAUUCAGCAGAUAUUAAUGGAAUACUCACAAAGUGCAAAUCAAUAUAGUAUAACCUAGAUGGAUACAGAGAUGAAUAUUGUGAUCUUUUCAUGCAAGUACUUUACAACAGGAUGCCUUCAAGAUUGAGAUGUGUAUUUCCCAACACAUCCUAGCUCCUGAUGUUUGGGAUGCCAUUUAUGAAUGAGGGUAUAUGAUUUAUUACCAAGGGGGGAAGAAAUUCAUAUUUUUGUUAAUGUUUCUCUUAUCUGGAUAUGAAAAACCAGAAGUCUGAACUAUCAUUUUAAUAAUGUGCAAUUGUGUCCCACCUUCAUUGCAAAUAAUUUAGAGCACUCCAGACCAUUAUCUCAUUCAUCCCUAAAGAAGCCCAAUCCAAGUAGAAAAGGGUAAUAUAGGUACUUACAUUUUAGUGAUUAGAAAACUAGACCUAAAUUUCCUGGAGCAAUUUCAGUGAUUAGAAAAAGUGGACCUAAAUUUCAAUGAGCAAGUGAGUGAGAGCAGGUAAAAAUCUAGGGACCCUCACUCUAGGUCUGCAUAGCCAGCUUCCUUUAUGAGUGACAGUUUCUUUUAGCAAGUUCUACAGAACCUGAUUGCAAAACUAUCUUCCACAUCUGAUCCUUCCUUAUUCUUUACCUAAACAGCAGCUUAGCCAUUGACGAUUUCAAAUGUAUCACCAGGGGAAAAAAAAAGGGUGUAGUGGAAGAAUGGAACGUGAACAGCAACAAAUGUGAUACUCAGGCUGUGAUGUGGUGAUACAACAUUCCAGUCUUUGGUUUGCAUUAAAAUUAGAAGUGAAGGAAAGUUGGGGACUCCUUCAUCAACCUGAUCUAUAAACAUUUGACUAUAGGCCCAGCAGCCAUAGAGAAACCUGUGCUUUUGCUAGGUGAGAACAUUAUUCUAAACACACCACCCUGGAAACUCUGCCUCAGUUCUUGGUUAUCACUAGAAUUUUCCUAGCCUGCUUUUCAGGGGAGUCAGGAACAUAAGGAAUUAUUUCCGUUUACAAAUCUUGCAAGCAGCAACUUGGAAACAGAUGAUUAUAUUUUCUUUACCUAAAUCUUCCUAGGUAGUAAAAAAGCCAUAUCCGUGUUUCGUCUCAUGGUUUCCUUAGUCAAAAAUUUGCAUCUGAGGCCUAGGAAAAUGUUUGGUCUUCACAAUCGAAUGUUUAAACAGGUGCACACAGCACUGGCUGAGGAAGUCUCCUCCUCUGGAAAUCCUGACGUUAAGAGAAAGGUUCUCAUGCCAGCUUUCAUGAAUGCUUGUGAAGGAAAGUUCAGGUGAUUCUUAAGUCUUAUUACCUGGGUUACCGACCCACUGGCCUCCCUCCCAUUCUGUGUUCUCAUGAAGAAAUUGAUUUAAUAGAUUCAAGAUAUUAUUAAAUACAUUCUGCAUUAAUAUUAUAUGUCCUCUUUGAAUCCAAGUGGCAAUACAAUAGAACUUCAUUUUAUAAAUAACACCUUUCAAGCUAACACCACAGGGCACAGUACAAAAGAAUCAAAAUAGAACACAAAUGCUGUAAUCAAAUGCAGACCCCAGGAAGGCUGAUUAAAAAGGCAUGUUGCUAGUGAGAGCAGCCAACAGGGUAAGUAUAGUGGGUCAGAGCAGAAAAGCCAGCUGAACAGAAGGGCAAACUAAAAUAAAACGGACUUGCCUGCCUGACUCACAUGAACCUAUGACUCUCCUUUGUCAUCAUCUCCUUUCGGACUCAGGAAUUGCAAGAGAGAGGGGCACGUGUGUGUUUUUUGGGGAGGUGAGGAUCAAAUAUAUGGAGGGUCAUUAGGUUUAUCCUUAGUCUUCACACACAACACAAACAAAAGAAAAUCCUAGAGACAACUGCCGGCAGCUGGCAGCAAUGCCUACCAUGUGAUUGUGAGACAGCCCAGCAGGGCUUGCUUUGCUUGAUAAUACAACUGGUUUUCAGAAAACACAACUGGAGAAACAAGGAGGUCCUUUUCAGAAUAGUGAGAACAGAUAGUGCUGCUGUGGCCAGGGCAUGAGUAAAGAUGAAUGGAUGGGUGAGAUGGGUGCUUUGCGGUCUUGGUCUUGAGACAGUCUCCUCUCCAUUGGCCCCUCUUCUCACCCAGUACCUUUCUGUGCUGUCAGCCUCUCACCACCACAACCCUUUCUAAUGUCAAAGGUUUGUGUUUUAAAACCCUGCCUUUAAUUAUGGGACAAAAGAUUCUGUCCUCUUCCUGAAGCAAGUAAGAAAUUAGAUGACAAAGCAGAGGUAUUUGAAUUUGCCUCCCCAUCUAUGUGUAAAAUCAGUUCUGACAGUGAUCACCGUGUACCUUGAGAAAUGCAUUAAAUUGAUCAGUUACUGAUGCUUUUCUGUUUAAUAUUGAGGGUCGAACAAUACAGGACAAAAAUCAGAGGAAAACAAUUUCUGCUAAAUAUGUAAAAUAUUUUUCUGAGAAAUUGAAUUCUGUUAACAGCCUACCCAAAAAUUGUGUCAUGGAACAGCAAAUAUGGGUUCUAGAGUCAAUUAAAAGAAAAAGAGAGAGGAAGGGGGAAAAUGAGGUAAUUUUUACCACUCCUGAAGCUGUAGGUUGUUUGUAAUGACUCUCCUGGUUACCCAGUUAGUUGAAAUUCCAGACUGGGAUACUAAUGCAUAAAUGUAGGUCAGUAGUUUAGUAUUGCUGUACAUUUUUUCUUAAUCUCUUAAUUGUAAACAGAACAUACGCAGACAGCAUUUGGGAAUAAAUGUUCAUUAUGCAAAUACUAGUAUUACUACUUUUACUUACUAGAAUGCUAUUUUCCCUAAUUCUGACAGUAUUUAUUUAGGUAUGCUGAGAGUCAGUAUAUUAGUAAAGGUGGGCAGCAAGUCUAGUAAGUAGUAUAGUAGGUAAGAGAUCCCUGGAUUGUAAUCUCCAAAGUGAGUUAUUUCAUAAACUAUGUAAGUAAAUAAUUCUACCAGUUAUCAAUGUACUGCCUCUCAGAUCCAAAUUUACCCUUCCUUGCCUGCUCUACAAAGAUGUAUAGGGGUCAUUUAAGUAUUUUUCCUUUCCCAACUGAAUGAGUGUGCUUUAUCAAUAGAGGAUUCCGAGAGACAUCAUAGGAAGAAGAGGUUUUCCUCCCUGGCUCCUGUGAACUUUUUUGGGAGGCUCCUACUGUGUGCAUGGCUUCUCCAAGGCCUGCCUCUUGCAGCAUACACAGCUGCAUUGGUGCACAGCAGCUGAAGCACCGGUAGCUUCUCCAGUGCCCAGCAGCCAGCAGCUACCUCCAGCACCCGUGCACAACCAUGCACACAUAAACACCUUGGGUGGUUGGUUUAUGCAGCAGUGUGCCUCAGAUGAGACAGCCUUCCCAUGAACAGCUCUCCUGGCACCCUAGAGUACAGAUUUCCAGCAAGUUUUGCUGACACAGCUCUCCAGCAAUUUCUCUGCCAGUCAUUCAUUCAUUGUCUGUGCCUCAACCAACAAGUCUGAAUCCCAGUCCAGGGGCAUAAGGGACUCUUCCUUGGGCACUCUCUAUCAGCCCUAGAAGUUGUGGUUGUUCCUGAUAUUUGCUUAUUCUUAUAUAAUUUACAAUUCUCUUUACUUCUUACUAGUUACUCCCUAAUUAUUCCAAUCCCCUGUUAUAGUUAAUAAUUCUUCAGAUUAAAUUUUCCCUGUUCAAAUUGCUGUGUGGUUUCUGUCUCCUAAUGGACCCUGACUGAUACGUGACCAAGGAAUAUUAAAAUAAUCUGUAUUGUUUGGGAAUAGGGGAAGGUAAAUAUGCCAAGUCAUCUCUUAAUGGAAUGGGUUAGCAUUACCCAGACCUGCUAUUAGAUGAACAACAAGUUUUGAGAAUUUGAUGCUAGAUUGAAAGGUGACAUAAGAAUAUGACCCUAUCUACUACUUUUAACUGUACAUAUGGUUUUAAGGACCCAAUUUUAAAACAUUUUACUUGAUUUCAGUAAGAGUUUUUUUAAAAAAUACAAACUAUAAUAAAGCAAACAACAAAAGUCUAGACUCAAAAUUCAUUUGUUGGUCUUGAAAUAAUGUUUCAAAAUAAUAACACUAUUAUGUGAAUUUGUAGACUAUUAACGCUAGGAAAAUAAUGAUCCACGUCAUUUUUUGAGACCUCAUAGCAACAGCAGUAGAUACUGUUAUUAUCCCUAUUUUACAAAUAGAAAAAUAGAGGUUUGAGGUUAAGGAACUGGCCUAACAUGGUAUAUGUAGUAUGUUUCAGAGCCAGAAUUUGAACUUAGAUCUGCCAGUGUGCCUUGGCUCUAAACCAUUGCACCCUGCUUCCCGAACACUAUCAUUGAAACAAAUAGCAAGCUACCUGGGAGAACAGACACAGUGCUUGUUUGUGUUGUAUUCAUCAAAGAUCCAGAAAAAGAAACUUGAACGUAUCCCUAGAACGUAUAGCACACCCCGAGAUAUUGCAAAGACGAUCUGUUACUCUUGCCUAACAAGACAUGGACAAACUGGAUGAGCACUGGUGAUCAAAUCCCCAGAACCAAAGUGUUAACAGCGUAUCAAAAAUCCAGCAGCCUUUAUUCAGAGCUGAAUUGAAGGCAGAUGAAAUAUUAACAGCCGUUCUAGCAGCCCAAGAUGAAAUAUGAGAUCCUGUAUCAGAAAUUAUUAGUAACCUGUUAAAAGAAAUGCUGAAAAAUGGCAGUUACCAAAUUAAAACUGGGAAACAGAGCCCAAAUGGGAAAUUUCAAAAAGUUUGGAGGAAAAUAAAUGACAGAUUGUCCUCUUGGCUCUUAUCACUAUGCCAUCCUAAAUCCUACUUGGCAAUACACGGUGGAGGUGAAAUAAGAACUGCAUCUCUGCCAGUGCUGGUCCUCAAGUCUGCAGUCCUAAGUGUCUGUGAGGGUGUCUGGGAUUGACUGGAAAAGUAGUUGGAAUUUGGUAGCUUUAUCUAAAUUGAAGAGUCUGGAGACUCUUAUUAUGAAAGGCUUCCUCUCAUUUGUGAAUUGGCCCCUUUGCUCCACUUUUGGAUGCCUGGCUUCCUCCAUGCCGAGCUGCACUCAGUGUUUCUACAUGGGAAAGCUAUUCUCCUUAAAUGCUUUCAAAUUUAAAGCAUCUAUCUGAUAUGUUCACGUUUAUGACUCAAAAUACCUAGCAUCAAAAAAAAAAAAAAAAAAAAAAAGAGAGAGAGGAAGAUUACAAAUACCAAAUACCGGGUGGUAAAUGAAGGCGAUAUUUUUCCAUCAGUUACUGAGAGCAGAGAAAUGACUGUAAGCAGAGUUGUUGAGCAGUUGGUGCCAGAGAGAAAAGGGAAAUGAGCUAUAGAACCAUAGAAUCUUAGUGUUGGCAGAGACCGUGAAGUUCAUGCAGUCCUACCCUAUCAUUUUUCAAUGAAGAGGCUGAGACGUGGGGAGUUAAGGGACCUGACUAGCCGUAGACACAUAGUUGUUUACUGACACUCAGGCCAAAAACAUUUCCCAACUCCCAGUCUGGAACUCAGUAGUUCAGCAUGCUACUGCCAUCCUCAACUGAAAAUUAACACUAACCCAGCCUGGAACAUAGAAGAAUUCAGCAUCUGUGGGGAGCAAGAAAAAUGAUGAAUUUUGAAAUGGAAAUCAGUCUGGGAAGAGGAGAGGGGAAAUGGAUGAUUCACCUUCAUUGUGACUCGAUGGCCAACUUUGUGCAAGACAUUUUGUAUCAGUUUACUCCCCCGUGCCUGCCCACAAAUAGUAAUAAUUUGGUGGUGCUUCCCCAGGGUUUAUAUUUAUGCAUUCAGAUUUGGUUUGCUUAGAGAAUUCUGCCAUAUGCAGGUUGUCUUGAUUGGUUUGUGGGUGGCAUUGCUGUUGAUUCCUGUUAUUUAUGUGAGCCUGACUUUUUUCUCUAGCACUAAAAUGUGCUCCAGAGUCUUUGUAGGGAGAAUCUUCUCCAAGGGGCACCCUAACUGAAGAACGGAUGUAGGUUCAAGAUGUAAGAAUUAUCUUCUGUUAACCCUGGUAUUCUGUUAAUCUCUUGGGGAACUUGGGCUAUAUGUGGACCUUUUAAGCAGGAUCAUGAAUUAGGUGAAAUAAUUUUCUUUAUUCGCAAGCACAGGAUCAUUUGAAGUAAACCAGCAACAAAGAAGACACAAUAAAAAUGUCUCGGUAGGACUCCCUGCAAAAUAACAGUAUGGGUCUUUCAGACCAGUCGAAUAUUUUUCAGAAUAGAGCAACCGGAAAUGAGAGAAUCAGACAGUAUGAUGAAAACUACAGAUGGAAGGCUUUGCAUGAAAAGUGAUUAUGGACAAGAGAGGGCUCAGGAGCGGGUAGGCGUGGAGUUGGAAAGGAGCGGGUAACUGAAAUAAGAGAAGAUAAUGCUUGACCAGGUCUAGUAAAAUAUUCCCUGCCACAACCACUGUUCCAUGAAGAGAUUGAGCCAAGAGGCCUGAAUAAACUAACCUUAAGUUCAGCGUUGCCAUUAUUGUGGGAGGCAUCAGGGAGAGCACAUCCGGACUUGUGUUACACAGUAAUCACUGCUGGGUGUCAGCAUUCAUCAGCCAGAUGGUCAGACCCACAAUUAAUCAAUUAGGCUGGGAUGAUCAACUGGACAAAGUUUUCCCCUUUGGUAAAAAACCCUCAUCAUGCGGUCAAGGCCGAUAGCACUUUUAUCCUGUUGCUUUUGGAGAAGCUUCUAAAAAUCACUCUUCUUUUUUAGGCCUCUAGUUUCUGAACGCUGUUAAGGUCCAAGCAGCUUUGACAACAUAGAUACCCCAAAUCAAGAUUUUUUUUUAACAUAAUAGGUUUUCAACAUCUUCUGUGUUCAUGUAUAAUGUUUAACAUAGCCAGGCAGAAAUAAGCUUUUUAAAGCAGCAUUCUUUGAGGAAUGUUGCCCAACUGAUUUUACCAGAGUCUCUGUGCCAGUUCCACUCAACACAGUGGAACGACACAGGAAAUGAUCCUUUCACUGGGCGCUUAUGAAGAUGAUAUGAUAAAUAAAAAGAAUAGCACUUUAUUAAGUAUUCACUUGUGGUGAAGACUGACAGACAUUAGUCAGUCCUUACAAUAAAUUUAGGGUGAUAAUAUUCCAUUGUAAAGAGAAGGAAACUGAGGCUAGAAAGUUCAUUUGCUCAAGGUUGAGCAUUUAUCAAAGAUGUGUUGAGAUGAUUUAAUACUCUCUGGAAUAAAAACUAAAAAAAAAUUUACUCUGCAUUUUUUGACACAUUUGUGCAUCUUUAAGGGAUAACAAUUAGGAAUAUAUGGUGGGUCCGUAUAAUUCCUUUUCAGAGCAGUUCAAAGAAAUCUCAUGGUAGUGUUUCCCAACUCUGCUGAUGGUACUCUCUUUACUGAAGUUCCUGAUGCACACCAUCUGAAUUUUGAGAUCCCUUUCUUCCUUAUUUUGGGGCCAUCACCACUAUUUGCUGAUAAUUCUGUCCCCCUGUCAGUCUCCUUAUCUAGGAGUGGUUCUCGGAGUUUGUUUCAUACACUAAGACCUUUCUUUAUCCAUUGGUUCAUCGCGUGAUUUGCUGCCUCCAAAACAAAAUGUCUGUCACCGAUUUGUUCUUUACAUUGAACCUGGUUUGUCCCUCUGACUGUUUUGUUUUUCCUCUCCUCUCGCUGUAUCACAGUCCAACUGCACAGGGAGAGGUGUUUGAAAGUCUUCUUGGUGGAAAGUGUCACUUCUGAUCGAGGUCUCUGCUGACCUCAUUGAGUAGAAAUAUGGACACAGUCUCACAUUUCUCUUGUGCUUCAUCUUAAACUUACGUCUCUUUUCUCUUAGCUCUUCUCUACCGACACCCAAGCUCAAUUUAAGGAGUGCUUCUCUUUAACCAUUUUGUGGCCAGUAUUUUGCAGGCUGUACAAGGAUACUAUUGACCCAAAUGUACAUUACUGAGAUAUUAGGCUUUUACUUAGAACUAUAUUAUUUUAUGGACUAUGAGGGUUCCUCUUGCUAUUUAAUGUAGUGCUUUGCUUUUAUUUGUAUGUUUGGCUACUUACCAAAUUGGGAAAGCAAUACCAAAAUACCAGGAUUGGUGACCACUGUUUCUUAAAUCAAGUUCAGGAGCACAUGGGGAAAAAAGAUGUUCCAGAGAUCUUAAUGAGCAUCUUUUCUCCUCCAGGGCUCCGCCAGUGCCCUCUUUCUCUGCCUGUGGUACUCUGAUUUGUUCUUGCUAUGUUUGGUAGGCUGCUGUUCUAAGUUUUCCCUUGCUGCUCCUUUUUCUACAAUCCUGCAGUCUUCACCCCAGAGCUGAUGAGCCGCUUUCACUUUGACCUGCAGUAUCUCUGUGAAUUGCAGAGCUGAGCCCUGCCAUCUAGACGGCCUUUCUGCUUCAUUUUACUCCUGACCUAACCCCCCCCACCCCCUGCUAUUCCAGGCCUGGCCUCUCAUGACCAGAGACUGCUGACUCAUCCUGGCCUGUGCCAAGCUGUGCAGUCGCUUAGCGAUGUGGACAGGAGUCGAAGGACUAGAAUGAGAUCACUGAACUCAUUUCACUUGUUGCUUACGGUACAGUCCAGCAUGAGCUGGAAAUGUAGGAACCUCAGCCUCCCGAGCAGAAAGAUUUCUGUGCUUCAGCACUCUGGAACACUGUGAACUCGACAGACUGCUCAGAGCAGGGCGCUUAGCAGCCAGGCCUGGACACUCUCAACAGACUGUGCUGAUUCUCAGUCGACACUCCUUGGAUCAGGAACCACAGUCCUGCUGAGAGCACUCUGUGGACAAUGGCUGAGCCUUGAGUCUGUGCACAGGAGGAGCCUGCAGGCAUAGGUUUCAUGCUGCCACCGAUGGAUGUCAGCCUUGACAUGCCUAGCAAACACGCUUGUGGGAGGAGGAAGAUAGAUCCUUGACCAUCAGUCUGUGGCCUGCCCCUUCUCUUUAUAUGCAGCCGCUCUCUGUUCCCUGCCCCAAUGAGCACCUGCACUAGGCCCAAGCCCUGGAGUGAUUUACCUGAAGAGUGACACCAUUUCUUUGAAAACUACUAUGAGGAAGCUGAAGCCCAGAGAGGUGAAGUGAGGUGCCCAAGGCCACACAGCAAGUUAGAGGCACAGCUAGUACCGUAGCUCAAGUCUCGUGACUCCCAGUCCAGUGCUCCUCCCAUUACUCCACGGGUCCUGUCUCUAAGCGUCCUGACAAAUGCUAGAACGGAAGAAACCCAAGACAGCUGAAAACCAGAAGGCAUCUGAGGAGAAUGAGAUUACUCAGCCGGGUGGAUCCAGCGCCAAGCCGGGCCUUCCCUGCCUGAACUUUGAAGCUGUUCUGUCUCCCGACCCAGCCCUCAUCCACUCAACACAUUCACUGACAAACUCUCACGCUCACACCGGGUCAUCUGAUUGUGACAUCAGUUGCAAGGGGAUGACCGAGCGCAUUCACAGCAUCAACCUUCACAACUUCAGCAAUUCCGUGCUCGAGACCCUCAACGAGCAGCGCAACCGUGGCCACUUCUGUGACGUGACGGUGCGCAUCCACGGGAGCAUGCUGCGCGCACAUCGCUGCGUGCUGGCCGCAGGCAGCCCCUUCUUCCAGGACAAGCUGCUGCUGGGCUACAGCGACAUUGAGAUCCCGUCCGUGGUGUCGGUGCAGUCGGUGCAAAAGCUCAUUGACUUCAUGUACAGCGGCGUGCUGCGCGUCUCGCAGUCGGAAGCCCUGCAGAUCCUCACGGCCGCCAGUAUCCUGCAGAUCAAAACGGUCAUCGAUGAGUGCACGCGCAUCGUGUCGCAGAACGUGGGCGAUGUGUUCCCGGGGAUCCAGGACUCCGGCCAGGACACGCCACGGGGCACUCCCGAGUCAGGCACAUCGGGCCAGAGCAGCGACACCGAGUCGGGCUACCUGCAGAGCCAUCCACAGCACAGCGUGGACAGGAUCUACUCGGCGCUCUACGCCUGCUCCAUGCAGAACGGCAGCGGCGAGCGCUCCUUCUACAGCGGCGCGGUGGUCAGCCACCACGAGACGGCGCUCGGCCUGCCCCGCGACCACCACAUGGAAGACCCCAGCUGGAUCACGCGCAUCCACGAGCGCUCGCAGCAGAUGGAGCGCUACCUGUCCACCACCCCCGAGACCACGCACUGCCGCAAGCAGCCCCGGCCCGUGCGCAUCCAGACCCUAGUGGGCAACAUUCACAUCAAGCAGGAGAUGGAGGACGACUACGACUACUACGGGCAGCAAAGGGUGCAGAUCUUGGAGCGCAAUGAGUCCGAGGAGUGCACAGAAGACACCGACCAGGCCGAGGGCACCGAGAGUGAGCCCAAGGGCGAAAGCUUCGACUCUGGCGUCAGCUCCUCCAUAGGCACCGAGCCUGACUCCGUGGAGCAGCAGUUCGGGCCCGGGGUGGCGCGGGACAGCCAGGCCGAACCCGCCCAACCGGAGCAAGCCGCGGAAGCCCCCGCCGAGGGCGUCCCGCCGCUGCACCAGCUGGAGACAGGUGCCUCCUCCCCGGAAAGAAGUAACGAGGUGGAGAUGGACAACACGGUGAUCACUGUCAGCAACAGCUCCGACAAGAAUGUCCUGCAGCAGCCUUCGGUCAACACGUCCAUCGGGCAGCCAUUGCCAAGUACCCAGCUCUAUUUACGCCAGACGGAAACCCUCACCAGCAACUUGAGGAUGCCUCUGACCUUAACCAGCAACACACAGGUCAUUGGCACAGCCGGCAACACCUACCUACCGGCCCUCUUCACUACCCAGCCUGCGGGCAGCGGCCCCAAGCCUUUUCUCUUCAGCCUGCCACAGCCCCUGGCAGGCCAGCAGACCCAGUUUGUGACAGUGUCCCAGCCCGGCCUGUCGACCUUUACUGCACAGCUGCCAGCGCCACAGCCCCUGGCCCCAUCCGCCGGCCACAGCACAGCCAGUGGGCAGGGCGAAAAAAAGCCUUAUGAGUGCACUCUCUGCAACAAGACUUUCACCGCCAAACAGAACUACGUCAAGCACAUGUUCGUACACACAGGUGAGAAGCCCCACCAAUGCAGCAUCUGUUGGCGCUCCUUCUCCUUAAAGGAUUACCUUAUCAAGCACAUGGUGACACACACGGGAGUGAGGGCGUACCAGUGUAGCAUCUGCAACAAGCGCUUCACCCAGAAGAGCUCGCUCAACGUGCACAUGCGCCUCCACCGGGGCGAGAAGUCCUACGAGUGCUACAUCUGCAAGAAGAAAUUCUCCCACAAGACCCUCCUGGAGCGACACGUGGCCCUGCACAGUGCCAGCAACGGGACCCCUCCCGCGGGCACAGCCCCCGGGGCCCGCGCCGGCCCCCCCGGGGUGGUGGCCUGCACGGAGGGGACCACUUACGUCUGCUCCGUCUGUCCAGCAAAGUUUGACCAAAUCGAGCAGUUCAACGACCACAUGAGGAUGCAUGUGUCUGACGGAUAAGUAGUAUCUUUCUCUCUUUCUUAUGAACAAAACAACAAAAAAAGAAACAAACAAAAAAAAAAAAGCUAUGGCACUAGAAUUUAAGAAAUGUUUUGGUUUCGUUUUUACUUUCUGUUUUUGUUUUUGUUUCGUUUCAUUUUGUACUACAUGAAGAACUGUUUUUUGCCUGCUGGUACAUUACAUUUCCGGAGGCCCGGGUGAAUAAUGCUUCUCCCAGCCUCCCUCAGAUGGUGGCCUUAAGGCCUGGUAGUGCUUCAGGAGGUCCACUGGUUGGAUCUCUAGCUACUGGCCUCUAAAUACAACCCUUCUUUACAAAAAAAAAAAAAUCUUUAAAAAAAAAAAGUAAAAAAAAAUUUUUUUUUUCACUUGUGAAGAGCACUACAAAAAUAUAUAACAAAAUCUAAAAGGCCUACUGUCUUUAAGUACACCGCUUGCAGUGUUUCAGUGGACAUUUUCACAAUUCUGGCCGCUUGGACUUCACAGUAACCAGUUAAAACUGUGGAAUAUCACUUUCUGGUUGAGAACCCAGAGGAAAGGCCCUGCUGUUUUCCACCUACCACAUGGUCUGAUUUCAUACAAGGGCUGUGGGGGGUGGGAAGGGGCGUGGGCUUGGUGGUGUGGGAGAGGCAGACGGCAGCCUUCUCCCCCUGGUUCUGCAGGGUCCGCACACCCUGGCCCACCUCCUCCCCACCCCUCCUUUCAGCAGAAGCCAGGAAGACCUGGACGAGCAUCAAGCAACAGUGGCUAUCGUAUUUAUUCAGUGUCUUCGCUGAGCCACAGCCUCAGCACAAUCAAGAGGGACUUUCAUGAAAGGCAGGAAUGCAGAUAAAACAAAGAUAUCAGAGGUUUGCACCUAUGUUUCUAGGUACAAGAGAAGGAUUAUUUCCAACAAUCUUUGCAAAAAAAAAAAAAAGUGUCAGGAUAUAUUCUUGUGGAAGAGAAAAAGAAAGAGAAAUGGAGGGUGGGGGGAAUAAUGAAAAGUUCUUGAGGCUUUUUUAAUUCAAAAUUUUAUAGAGGGGCAAAAGUGACGUUUACCAGAUAGAAUGCUGAUUUUUUUAAUAUAUUUACAACAGUAUUUGUGUAAAAAAAAAAACAAAAAAGUGAGAUUGUUAAAAGUAAUUUUUUUUUUCAUUUUGGUUUUGCAUACACUGCCACCAAUCCCUUCUCUUUUAUUUUAUUUCACACGCAUAUAUAUAUUUUUUGGUAAGUCAAGACUGUUAAGGUUAGCGAUACUGCUUCCAGAUAGAAAGAAUAAAAGGCAAUUAAAGUUAUAUUUGAAAGAGAGGAAGGAUAUUUUCUUCAUAUUUUUUUAAAUUUUUCUUAAUUUUUAUUAUUUUAAGUAUUGCCUGGGUUGUUGAGGGCCUCUGGCCAGCCCAUCCCUGCUGUAAUCUGAACUGCUGCUUUGUAUUUUGAUAUGUAGUUCUUUGACUUUUAGCAAGCUUAAGUUGCUCCACUGAAUAUUUGUUUUCAACUGAUUCAUCUAGAAUUCUGUUCUUUUUCACGGGAGGAACUUUAUCUUUCAGAAAAAGAUUUCUUGCUUCUCUGAAAGUUCAUUGAGAUCUUAGGAUUCUAGAAUUUCUAUUGACUUUUCUUUUUUUCUUUGAUGAAACACUAGUAGUCUAGAGGUCUUGACAAAUGGGUUCUUUCCUUUUGUGGUCAGCCGGGAGGAGGGGUUCACCAAACUCUGCCCUCCCCCCCUCCCCCUCCCCCUUCACAACUACAGAGAGCAGUGUUAUCAGAAGCCUGUAGCAGAUCAGGGUGUCUCGAUGCCAAAAUGACUUUCUUCCUUUCAUAUAUCACCUUCUGACUAUUGCCACCCUGGUCGAGAGGGCUAAAUAAAAUGAUUGUUCUCUAGAUGAUUUAUUAACCCUUGCUUUUUGGAAAAGUUUGAAAGAAACUAACAAAAAUCUCCUGGAUGCCAACAUCCAUCAUGCAAAAGGCCACCAAUUCAUUGCAUCAUCUUAGAUGCCACUCUCUCUUCCUAGUUGGGAUUUCUCUCCUCGGUCCUGAUUAAGGUAUCAGAAUAGAGAUUUUUCCAUUAUAGACAGUGUCCUGAAGGGACUCCAACUCAAAUAUAAGAAUUCUUAAACCUAAUGAAAACUCCACAGGUGAUUUCAUUGCUGGACGUAUUUUAACACAUUUAAGGGGAAAAGUAAAUCUUUAAACAAAGCAGAAACACUAAACUACAAUUUUAAAAAAAAUGUAUUUUAGUUUCAAAAUUACUUUGCAUUUUAAUUUAAUUUUCCUAUUAGCAAUUUAUUUACAAUAACUGUGCAAGAAAUGAGGUGAAGUCUUCCAAGGGAGGCAAUUCUGUAAUAACUAAAUUGGUUUUACUCAUACAUUUUAGAAUUGGUUAACUUGUAUCUUUUCCAUAAGUUCUAGGUGAUGUUUAGUAGAGUUAGUGCAGCUGGAGUAUAUGUGAGUUUGAUUUGGUCCAUGGUCCUUAACUCAGUAAAUAUUUUGCUAGAAGUUUUAACGUAGACUUGGAUGAUUAACUGACCAUCAAGUAUCACACCCAUCUAAGAGGAGUCCUGCCAAGAACUAUGUGUCCAAAGUUGACUUGUUUUAAAGGUUAGUGGGAAACAGCUUCAGAAAUAAGAAACAGUCCAUCUUCUCUUGUUAAUUUUGCUUUUUUGAAAUAGCAAUGUGAAGACUCGAAUAUUUCCACUUACUACCAACAGAGGGAGCAUUAGUUAAUUAACCAUGUUAUACAAUUUUGGUAUUUUGAAAAACAAGUCAUUCAACUCGUGCUAUCAAAAAAAAAUGACAUUAAGAGAAAGAUCUCUUUAAUCUAGAGGGAAAUGACAUGAAAUCGCUCAGCAUAUGUUACAAAUGAAAGAAGGCCAAAAGCCACUUUAAAAUAUUUUGAAUUAUUUGACAGUAGCUGGUUUAAAAUAGUGUCCUUAUUCAAACCUUAGCAAAGUAGACAGACAUUACAGCACCUCCAAAAAUGUGAUCUGGGGUGCCAUUAUGGGCCACAUUCAACUAUCUGCUGCUCAAAUCUGAGGGAGACCCAUUUGCCUUAAUGCUGACUUGCCACGUACAAAACUAAGCAAUUGGGUUAAAAUCCACCUUUUGUGACAGAACAAGUAGGAGGGAAAAUGCCAGUUGGGUUUAACCCCAAUAUUCAUUCUUUCCCUUCAAAUGAAGUAUCUUUUUUUUAUUUUUUAAAUGUUGGUGGACUCCCAAAGAAUUCCUGGUGAGGUGAUGUAAUCAUCAUAACAACAUGGACUAUCCAGGUCUGUACAGCAGUAGAAUUUUUCCUACUGUGUGUCUGCUCUUCCCAAACAUCUCAGAGUCUGAAAUAGUUGAUAGAUUGUUCUCUAGAGAGAGGAAGCAGCUAGACUGGGGUGGAAGAGCUCAUCCCAGGGAGCAGUGAACGUGCUGUGGAACCUUUACUCUGCUCUCUGGCCUCUGAAAGGGCUGCUUUGACCUACAGUCUGUACCUAUUUCAAAAGGAAAGAGAUGCUUUUAGAUUGGCAAUCCUAACUUUUAAAUUAAAUAAUCACCAAUAUCUUAGGAAUAGAGAAGCAUUUUGCUUCAAGAAUAGAAGAUGAGCAUGAGUUCUUUCUUUUUUGUUGUUGUUGCUUCAAAUCCAACAAUCUUCUUUCAUUUAGAACUUUAUGCUAGGAUGCUAUGAGUGCUAAAAUAAUUUUUUUUUAAUUCAGUAGCCAGGAAAAAAAAAAAAUAGAUGAAAUGGAAGUAAAUGUUCCAGAUUUAAGACCUCUUAGGAUGAGUACAGGGAACAAGAGCUGGUACGGAAAAGUGUUGUUGUUUUUCUUUUUAACAAUUUAUGAUUUAAAACUGGAUUAGCUAGACAAGGGAAAGGAAAAAUGUCAAAGGGGAAUGUUUAUCUCAAGACAUUUAGAUAUAGUUUCUGAAAAAUAAAAUUUCUUAGCACUAAAAACAUUGGUAGCAUCUCAAAGUGGGCAAUAUUUCCCCUAUUAAUAUAAUAAAUGCCAAUCUUUGUAUCCCUAAAGACCCCAAAUGUGUAAAAUAUAGCCCCCCAAAAGGAGGUAAUCGGGACACAUGGAUCUGAUAUAAAUGUACACAUGGAAAAAGACUGAGAAACAAGCCAGGCCAAAAAAAAAAAAAGUCUAAAAUGGAAGUCUCUAUAUCAAAAUAUUUCUUACCGUACAGUUUGAGUUGCAAACUUUAGCUCCUAGUAACAGUUAUGUAGACUUUUUCUUUGCCAGAUCCCUAACGCCCUGAAUCUGCUUGUGCCCUGAGUCAGUGCAGUGGGUCAUUUCCUGCUGCUGCUCUCGCUGAAGCCCAUUCCUUCUUCCUCGGCAUCUCGGCAUCUCAGAGGUCACAGUAGCUGCCGGCCUUAGAAAGAAAGACUUAAAUGCGCUUUGUUUAAAAGUCAUGGGGGAUUUUAUUUUGUAUCAGGCCAACAUUCUGUAAGGACCAAGAAAACUUCUUUCAACCCAUGAACAGUUAGAAUCUGUGCAUUGUGAUAUGAAGAAAAGAAAGGUUUCCUCUGGUGGUGUUGGUUUCACAUAAGCCCUAAAUCCAUCACCUCCCUGUAUCUCCAUUGUAGCACACACCAAAGGUGCGCCCCGCUCAGACCCCAAAUCAGUGUUUUCCCUCAGCCCAGAAGUUGCAAGUGAGGCUUGCGCGUUAUAAAAUCCCUCAGCGCCUCCGAGAGAACAUAAUAAGGGUUCGCACUGCAUCCUCGGUGUGGCUCCCUCAUGACACUCCCAACACCUGUUGCCCUUAGGAAAGAGGGCAGUGAGAUAGAGCUGCCAGGGUUCACCCUAGCUCUGCCCGUUCUGCAGCCUUCCUCUGUUGUUCCAGAAGACGUUAUUGAAUCAGUUGGGGCUGGGCGCAAAGGAUGCUUGAUUCCGCAGCGAAGGUUAUCGCCUCUGCUCGAAUGACUCUGCUACCACCAGGGUGCAACCGCGGCAAAAACAAACAAAACCAAGGCCUAACGGAAAGCCGGCACAACCUGAGAUGACCUUGGGGUUUCAGAGAAGGGAGUCCCCCUUUCUGUUGUGACCUGACUCUUAAAAGAAAUCUUCUGAAAGAAUUCUUUAAUUUAGUCCUGAGUUGAAGUCCAGGGUACUGGGAGCCCUGAGGAAGAGAACAGAAGGACUGCAAAAAUGUAUUCAGCGCCCAAUAAUGCGGAGCCAAAAACCAUCCAGUCGCAACACGAGGAGGUUUGGCAAGAGGUAUUGAGAGAAAUCUCUGGGCUUUUCCAUGGGUAGGGUCGACAGACUUUCUUUUGAGUGAUUUCUGGCUCUGAGAAACCUCUUUACUCACUAUAAAAGAACUUUAUUUAAAUGGCCAAUUUUGUCCCCCUAGAAAAAGAAAUUUUAUAAAGAGGAAAAUAGGACACUAAAGACAGAACCAUGUGACUUGGUGUCAGACAAAAGGAAGGGCGAACUAGAAUUUCAAUAGACUCCCUAUUUCCACACAAAAGAAACAAGGCAACCACCCAGUGCCUGUGGGCCUGCAGCGGGUGAGGGGGAGCCCCCAGCUGACCCGCCGCCGGGCUCCCCGGCCAGACGCGCCCUCCUCGCGGCGGGACGGCAGCAGCUGCUUUCUCUUCUGUGUUUCCAUGAAGAGGGCGGCUGUUCUCGUAGGUGCCCAGGAAACAGAUUACGUGGGGCAAACUUUCAAAAGCAGUCUCCACCCUGGUGCUCAGGCCACAGAUGGAGACAGAAAAGGGGCACAGAGGAGCUCUGGCUCUAGAGAGAAUAUUUUCUUCUUCCCAAGAGCUGUCUGUGGAGAGUUGCCAUUUAAGUGACACCACUUAAACUUCCCCAAGAAGGAAAGCUGUGGUGACUCAGUGUUCCCAUAAACACCGAGCCUGGAAACUAUUAACCCAAAGCAUCAUUUCUAGCACCAGGUAUUAAGAUGAUCAGACUGACCAAAAUACCCCAAAGAUUUUUCUAAGUCUCAAUUUUUUUUUUUUCCUCCUGGAACACUGAAUCUGUAGUGGUCAGCGGUGCAGAUGAACAGAUCCCAGAAAAUGGCGUGGGACACUAGGGUUGGUUUCUGUUCUUUUUAGGGUGAAGAGGUAGAAGAUGAGGGCUGUGGGGCAUGCGCUCCUUUUCAGAACCAUGUAUGGCACUGAACUAGAGGUAAAAACGCCCUGGUUCUGGAAACAAGAAACAUCAUUCUUCCACACCGCUGACUAAAACGCCGGGAUUCCAGUGGUUCCUCAGGCCUAGCCUGUUGCUCCCAAAACUGAAUACUUUCAGACUAAACCUAAUCUGAAGUGACCUCAGUUUAAGGUGUUUUCACAGGAAGCCACUUAUAGCAAAGAAUGACUGCCUUAAAUCAGAAAGCCCAGGGAAGAGAACAGAAGGUAGAAAAAUUGGAAGGAUGUGAAGACAUGGGCAUUUCUUGCUUUUUAAUAGUUGCAUUAUCACAAAAACGAGCUCUGUUCAUGACUGAAGGCUUCGUGACUUUAGGGGUGGGGGAGGGGAGACACCAAACUUGUCCGAAACGGGCUGCUCUCAGGAAGUGGCUGCUAUUUCCUAUCCCAUUGCAGUGACAUAGGUCUGGGCUGCAUGUAAAAAGACAUCAUAUUAGCUAAAUAGUGAGUCCCAUGAGACAUGAUCACAGGUGCCUGGGAUGCCAGUCUUCAUCAUUUCCUUAACAGGGGGAACAAUCUCAACAAAAAGCUUUCGUUUCCUGUACAGUGUAUAGCUCUAAACUUUUUUCUCAGUGUCAGUGAGCAUCUGGUUUAUCGGGUGGUUCUUUGUUUAAAUGCAAACUCACAAGUUUCAAGUCUUCAAUGAGGGAGCACAAUCUGCAGAUCAUAGGGAAAAAUCUAGCCACAGUUCUGGUAGUCCUGGCUUUUGAGAUACCUAAUUAGGGUAUAAAAAGUCCCUAACUAGCCCUCUUUCAAAUUCAGAGGUUUCCUUGAUUCAGAAUGCUUCAGUGAAAUUCUGAUACACCCAAGAUAGGAAAAAAAAAAAAAUUAACCCCAUAGGAGACAUCUGUUUCUACUACUGUUGCAACAGAAGUUUGUUACUGCCCUGCAAAAUCAUUGCAAUUUAUAUGUAGAUUCUAGUAAUGAAAGGGACUUAACCCAUCUAGUAUGUCACAGCUGCUGUCCAAAACGCCUGUAAAUGCAUAUACAUUAUGCAUGUAUGCACGUGGUGUGAGGUGCUCUCAGUACAAAACUACUCCCCAUUCAUAUUCCCCAGUGACAAGAGAGAGUCUGGAAUUUCUAGUUAGUCAGAGGUCUCACCUAUCUCACAGAUCUGCUUCUGCUCUCUUGCCUUAGUUGGGUGCAUUCAUGCCGUCCACUAUCUGCGGUGAGGCUUUAGGGCAUUCUGAAGGAGCCCAACCAUCAGUAAUUUCUAUGUACCCCUUUCUUGAGAAACUUGAACAUGCUUGUGUGGAGUAGAGUGCACUUAACAAACUGCAAUUCUGCUGGAUUUACUGAUGUGUGUGUACGUGUGUGAUUGUGCGUGUACUUGCAGUAGUCUGAGAGUGUGUGUGCAUCUCAAAGCACACACAGGCAUAGGCCCUGGUGCAUAGAUACAGUUGCCUCUUCCCACCAUUGUGCUCAAGACUGGUGGCUCCCUUCCCAGGAAGCAGUCACCUGCCCACUCUGUUGCUUUUUGUAGUGUUUCAGAGUUGGGAGAAACAAAGGCAGCUUGUUGGAUCCACAGCAAACCCACAGUGACAGGCUGUUUUCCUCCAGAAGAAGGUAGAACAGACGUACUUAACUGGCAAGUGGACAAGAGGGAGCAGCAGUCAGGUCUCCUGGCAGGGAGGGGGCACCGAGGCCAGGCAGGCAAGGCCCAUACAAUCUUUGGCCUGAGCCAUUUCAUGGCUUAAAGGCCGCCAUUCCUUUCCUCUAUGCAACCCAGUGUGUGCACCCAAACACCCACCCACUUGUAAGUUUUGCUCUCAAAUGAAAGCUUCCUAAUCCUGCCUGCAUCUGCAGGAAACUAUCAUCAUUUACAAACUGUGUCUCCUGAAACCCAUGUGGCCUUUGCCGAAGUCUUUCCAGGAGUGGGUUGUUUACCAUGUCUAGCAAACCAAUAGACUCUCGGAAGAAUAUUUUUUGGUAAUCUCUAAGAAUUGAUGGCUCUUGCCCAUCUCAGACAAAGUAGACUGCCACUCUGGUGUACUAUUCUGAACAAAUGAACCUGGCUCUUGGAGCUGACUCUGAAGGGUGGCCUGGAAAUUGUCGGAUUCUCACUCCCACACCCAUCUUUUCCUAGAUGGUUUAUUAUUUUUUAUGACAUGUAGAUUAUUUCUGCUAACUUACAGAAUUCAGAGGACAUUUUCUUUCCUCUUCUAUUUUGGUGACUUUCCCUCCCCCCAACUAAGUAAGGCUACUUACAGUUGCAAUCUUCUGUUAUUCUUUUUUAAAUAUAUAUAUUAUCUUUCUAUAUCCAAAAGAAGUCUGUGACUGUAACCAUAGGUAUUUCUUUUUACUGGAAAAAAAAAAUGAGUUUUUUUUUUUUUUAAUUAACAGUGCUAGUGACUUUGUGGAGGAAUAUGAGUUACUAUUUAGGUAUGCUUACUUAAGUACAGUACACUACAUUGCAGUAUUUCUGAAAGCUAGAACAUACACAUUAUAUAUAACAGCUCUAUAUUGAAUUAUAUAUUACGUUAUAUUCAUUUUAACUUUUGAAUCUGCCUAUGAUCAUGAGUUGAUUGAAUUAUUAUUUCUUUGCAUUUAUCACCCAUCACCAACCUGCUGCAGUUAAUCUGGUGCAUUUAAUAAUAAUCAUUACUGCUCUAGUUUGCUUUUUAUAUUAUCAGCUUCAGUAUUGUCCUUACAGGAUUUUAGAAUUUUUUUUUUUUUUUUUUUAGCACAGACUUAGCAAAUGUAGGAAAGUGAAGAUUUUUUAAAGAAAACUUUGGGGGUUUUUUUGGUGUGGCUGACACAAAGAGGUUCAUAGUCAAGGUGAUCUUGUUUAGCUGACCGUCUCAAUAUCUGAAGAACAAAAGAAGUGCGUAUGAAUGUAUCUGUGAUUUUCCCCUCUACAACUGUCACUGUCUAUAUUUGCUUUUAAAAAUAUGACCAAGGGGCUGCUUAACUUCCAUAUGAUCUGACCAAACAUUAUAGGCUGCAUUUCAAAGGGCUGCUCAUCUGAGAAGCAGAAGGCAGUUAAAUGCCUACUUGUUUUCAAACAUUGAUUUCUAAUACUGGUUCUGUAGUGACUACUUUCUGUGUUCAGCAUGCUUACAAUUAUUUUAACUAGUCUUCAGUGCUUCCCUGGAGGCGGCUUAGCAAUAUCAUAUUCAUUUUCCUAGGAGAUUUUUUUUAAAUAAAAUCAGAAUUUGAGAAACUUUUUCAUGACAGCGACUGAUACAACUAGAACUCAGAAAUGAAGAGUUCGUUUUUUCAGUCUGCAGAAUCCAUAAAAUAGUGGCUCUUGGGUAUCUGGCCCUCAACAUCUCCAUUUGUCUGUAAAGGUGAGAAUUUCUUUAACCAGGCCAUUGUGGAAACAUCCUGGAAAUCAGGCAUCCUGUCUUCCCAGCAAGAAAUAUUUUCAAAUAGUAUUUUUAGAUUAAGCGCUUCUUCAGUUUCCCUCAGCUACGCAACCCUAUGCCUGGAAAAGUCCUCCGAUAGGUCCACUUUACCUCCAUCCUGGAUGCCCAAGGCCAGUCUUGUUCUCUGGAUUCCACACCCGGGUUAAGAUGAUAACAGCCGUUCCUAAUACUCCGCAUGAGAGCCCUUCCCGCACGGAACCAAUAUUGAGGCUGCUCAGUGAGAAUAACACCAGUUCCUUCCUUUCAUCUUCUUGGUAGAGUUUUCCCUUCAAAUACCUUCCGCUUGUGCUGUGCGCCUCCAGCACGUCCGCCCCGCCGCUCGUCCAGUUCUGCUGGAUGCCCUCCACCUGGGAAGCCCAGCACUCACUGAGGAACUAGCUGCCCUAAUCUGCCUCGAAGGGGCUGGUAUUGAGUCUAAAAGCAAAAGUAUCGAUCUGUUUCUCCAGAGUUUUCAACUAAAUAAAUUUCAGGCAAACAUAAUUGUGACUUGAGGGUUUGGGACGCUGUUCCCUUCCCAAUGAUCACUUAAUACCCCAACUGUAUCAGCGUCACUGUUUUCCUCUUUCUUUCUCCUAACCCAUUCUCUUUAUUCCUUAUUUCUCUAAAGAGAAACUUUAAAUUACCUCUUCCUCUCCUCCCUGUCCUGAGAACUCUUAUAAUUAUGACCCCUGAGGACUAAUUUCUCUCCCUUCCUCCUACUCCUUUCUGAAUGUCCUUCUUUCAGCUUUAUGUGGUGAAAAGAGCGUUGAUGUGACUCGAUGUGAGUUCAUCGGCGUGAGACUCGUGGGCAGAGGGAAGCAUCUUCACCAUCCCCUCAGGUUUUAAAAGUUAUCGAUAUUCUUUUGAGAGUGGGAGGACCUGAGUCACAGUUUUAAAUGUCAACUGUAUUAGCUGAGGUCAUUAAUUCCUUUCACCUUCACAUUUGGCCAAAGAUAAAGAGACAAAUAUUUUCUGGUUUUUUUUUAAAUACCACAGUAUUCAAAUUCCUGAUUUGAGCAGACAUUUUCUGAGGGAGAAAAAAAAAUCAUCAGUGCUGACUCUUUCAACUCCUGCUGAAAUUUAGCCAAAUGACAUAUUUACCAGAUACUCGAUGUAGGGAAAUCUAAUGAAAGGGGUAACAUUUCAGAAUAAUUUUGAUAACUGCUCAAGCCUUAGUGAACUAUUCUAAAGCAAGUAAAGCCACCCAAACAUUAUCUUAGGCAACAAUUAGGAAGAAUUUCUUUCAUUUAUUGUCUUUUUCUAAAGAUAAUAUGUUUUUCUAAAAAGAAAAACAAAUAAUUAUUGAUUUAGAACUUUAAGCAGUAAUUUACUGAGGGAUGAAAAGAACUAUAAAGUUUCUAAGGCAUCUAUUUUGCAACCAGAUAUUUUUAACAUAAACUUAAUAUGUGCUUAAAUAAAAUAACAGUAGGGCUGAGCAGGUACUUGAAGGGCCAUGUAAUACACUCCCCAGUGCCUCAGCAUUCACCAUGUAAUACGAUCAUCAAGCCAGAUCUCAUUUCAAUGCAGUACAACUGUCUGGUUGCCAGAGCAUCGCCCUGAUCAGGUUCUGGGCUGAUCCCCCUUUCCAGGCUGUUUAUGAUGCGAUCUUAACAACUCCGUAACACAGUCUUUCCUGACUCCCAUUCCAACACUCUUACUGUAUUACCGCAUUGCCUCCUGACUCUCAUGAGGACAAUUCUGGACAAUUCUGUGGCAUUUAGAGCACUCCCUGGUUUUGAGCCCAGUGGGGUAUGCAUUCAUUUCUUGCUUUUCCCCUUGACAAACAGAAGCAACAUUAAUAUCAGAAAUGUAUUCUUUUUUGUUGAAGUGUAGUUAAUCUGAAAUGUUUUCUUAAUUUGACCUGAGGCUUGACCGAGCUUUUUUCUUAAUCAAACCAGUUUAUAACAUCAUCUCACACCAGAGACAGCAAUGAAAUAAAGAAAAGGGUCAAAAGCCUUCCUGAGUCACAAAUCUACUAGGAAGCCCGCAUUUUAUACAGCCAGUAUUUGUGUUGCUCAGGACUGGGAUCUUCACUUGGCAUGUCCUCCCAACCAUUCUUAUCUCCUUCUCAUCCUUUGUCCAUUCUGACUCCCUUUUUUUUUUUUUUUUAAAGUAUUCUUUAUCCAAAGUACUCUUCUUCUCAGACAUUGGCUUCUGAAAGAAUAAAACACUCUCUUUUAAAUCCUAAAUACCACCAUUUAAAGUAUGAUUUGGAGGAGGAGAGGAUCUGGUUCUCAUAGGUCCAAUUUGGUCCAAUUAAUCAUAAGGAUUCCUCCAGGAUGCCUUCUUGACAGUGUUUCUUCUAGUUCCCUGAGAAGAGCUCUAACCCUGAGACCCAGGAUUUCUCACCAUCACCUCCGCAUUAGUCUAGAUUAGUGUCUAAAUCCUGUUUAACAUUCUAGAGACUCCAGGAUGUGAAUUUCUUAUUGCUUAUGAGCCUCCUGCUUUUCUAAGCUGACACCUGUCAGGAGCACCAAUAGCCCAAACAGUAACUAAUGCAGCAAAAUAAUGGUCAGAAACAUUAUCGUAUGUAUUUGAGAGGAUAAGAAGGGAUUUCUUUCUUUUCCUCCAUAAAAAGCUUGCUUUCUCCCUCCCCACCCCCCCCCCCCACCACAAUGCAUUUCAGAAACUCUGCAUCUCAUUUUACAGAUAUGUAGUUUUAGGAUUUGCAAAUAUAGCUUUAGGAAAUGUUCUGAGAUUGAGGCUGGUAUCAAACCAGCUUAUUUUCUGCACUGGACUUUAGGACAAGUGUGCACAGAUACAAUUCCUUCAAAGAAAGUGAAACUAACAUAGUAAAGCAAAGGGAUAAUACUUUUACACAUUAAAACAGUUGUUUGCUACCAGUAAACCUUGAUUUAAGCAUAAUUAUUACUUUUUAGAAACCUGAAACUGGAGGAAUGUGUAUUUUUGUAAAGUUUGUCUGUUGAUUUGUUUGUUUCCCUUUAUUUCUUUCUUCCCAAGGCAGUAAAAAUUUUUGACUCUUCAAUUUGACACUGUCCAUGGCCAUACGCAGCAGUCAGGUUACCCACCCUUACCAUACUCCACCCCCUCUUAGAAUGAAAAGCCUUCCAUUCGAUCAUUAAGGAGUCUUUUCUCCAUUAAAAUCUUAUCUUCUUUUUCAAAUAGCACAUGAGAGCUUUGGGGAGAGAGAUUCUCUCUACUCUUUGAGGGUAGAAUAGUUAAAAUAAAAGUUAUUCCUUGACAAAGAAAACCCAUUUACCUAAACUAACAGGUCUGAGGCCUGAAAAUGGGAAUUGAUUGCAGAUGAAGGCCAUGCAUUUCACACUACAAAUCCUUAUUGCUUUCUCAAAUUUUCAAAAUAAGGCUAAGAAUAAUCUAACGUAAUGAAAAAUCCUCUGUGGAUGUUUCUUAUUAAUAUAGUGCAGAAUAACCAGAAAAGAAAAAGAAAGGAUAUUUCUAGUAUGACAAAAUCAGUCGAUCUGUGGCUUUCCAGAAUUGUUCAGAUUUCUAUCCUAUUCGUUUCAAAACCAUAUGUGUUCAUGAGGUCUUAGAGAAACAUCCACUUCUCCAUUGCCUCUCAUCUCCCCAACCUGGCACUGGAGGUGACAGUCACAGAGGGAGACUGGCUCUGCAUUGCCAAUACUCCACCCAUCCAUACCCCCACCACCACAAAAGAAGGAAACACCAAAUUAGAAACAUAAUAAAAAAAGGAAAUUGUAGUGCUUCAUUUGAAAGCAUACUGUUUUCAACUCAACUCAAUUUAUCCAUAGCCUGACAACCUUUUUACAACCUGUUUUCCGUGCUAUAAUUUACAUUCUUAGCUCAAUCUUUAAAAUAAUUGCAAUUUCAAUUAAGUGAACAGAGGAAAAGCAAGGAGGGGGGAAAGGACCAUGUGAUGGGACUAAAUUUGAUCCAAUUCUGGAUUCCUAAGCCAGUGCUCAGGGUUUAGCAGGGAAAGUCAGACCCACUUGCCCUUUGCGGUCCUUGCCCAUCCUCACUAUUACAGGCCUAAGAAUCAGUAAGGUAACCUCACUUCUUUGUGAUUUCAGGCUUUUCUGGCUACUGUCAAACCCAUAUGGAGAAACUAUAGAAACUCUUGCCUGCUCCUGUUCCUAAUCUGCUCCCCAGGCACAUGCAGAGAGAGAACUGCAGAUCAAAUAAUGGUUCACAUUUGAUACAAGAUUUAGACAAAGUCUAAAGUGCUUAGUAUAUGCUCACUGCCAGAGGGGUCUUUGAAAAAUAAGGCAAGUUGCUCUGCUCCUGCUCUCCUCGGGACCAACUUGGAUCUGGAACCAUCUAGAUGUCGAUUUGUAGAAGAGAAUUCUCAAAAGCAUCAUCAGCAGUUAAACUCCUUCCUUUGUCCCACUGACUGUGUUUUCCUGAUAGGCCUAUUGAGAUAGAAAUUAAGGACAACUUUCAUACACCUAAUGAAAAUUGUUUUUUGCAUUAUUGUUGAAAGAAUUGUGGUUUUCAGAGUCAAUGAAAGCAGAGUCUCUUAGUAAUCCUCAUCAUGGCAAACAAAGACAAGGAGCUGAUAGAAUCGAGAAGCUCUAUGGUAACUUAAUGUUUCAAAGUAAUUUGAGUGUGCUGACCCCACAUGCCAAGUAUUUCUAGAAUCUAUUCUAAACUGUGUGUUGAUUCUCCUGAGACUUCCAGCAUGCAUGUGGGUGUGAGCAGACAAGCAGAUUUACACUUGGAGGGUGGAGACCCAGACAAACUGAAGAGAAUGAUUCUUGAGGAUUAUCAAAUGCAAGGCAUUUCUCCAGAAUCACUCAAUACUGCCAUAGCCCCGAUUAAGUCCAGAGUAAUCUUAAGCAAAAAGUAAGCUCCAUAAGACAUCCUGCUAUGAAUAUUUUUUCUUACAGAAUAAUACAAGAAGAGGUACAAUGCAGACUUUUAAUUUUGCUGUAAUAAUUCCCUUUUAUAUUUAAUAAUUGUCCUUUUUGUGUGAGUGUGUCGUUGAGCUAUUUGUAACAGUUUUCAAUCUGUCACCCUGAGAGGGGCCUUGAGAAUUCCUGUGUACAUGUAUGUAGAGCUAUAUUUAUGUGUAGUCAGAAAAAGUGGGAAGGGGAAGAAUGAGAUGCGAGAGAAGGUCAGUGUGAAAAGUGAGUCUCCUGGUGCCCCUGUUUAUGUUAGAGAAGGUGGCUGCUGCCCGAAGCCCUUGCGGAAUGGCUGAUUGCACUAUUCAACAAUGAGAACCCAGCACUGUUAAAUUGAGGACCUUGUUUUGAGAAACAGGAAAGCUUUAUCUUUUUCUGUCCCCAUUCCCUUUAGUAUCGGAGCCAUUUGACAUGAUGAGUACCAUUCAGUAAAAACCACUACUGACCUGUGCAUUAAAUCGCUAUGUUCCUCUUCUAAGUACUACCCCUGGUUUCAACUCAACUCCUUCCCUUUAUGUUCUGCCUAUUGGCUUAACAUUUUCACAGAGUAAGACACAGGUGCAUGCUAGCUGUUUUUUUCCUUUGAGCUGAAACAAACAGGGACAGCAAAAGAGAUGACUCGCAGGAGUGUGAGGGAAAGACUGAAUUUCCCACUUUUGUGGCACUGGUAACUUUUAGUAAGAGCUGUUUAGGGUUGAGCUUCGGUCUGUAAUAGGGCUUUUUUUUUUUUUUUUUUUUUUUUUUUUUUUUUUUUUUGCACUAAAUAAAUAUGACUGCACUGCAUUGCACUACUGAAAUGUAUUUACUUGUGCCGGGAGAGAGUGUGUGAGGUGUGGGAAAGAAAGAGGCAAGUUAUGAGACUAGAAGCACCACAAAAAGGGUUGUUUCCAUCAUGUGUGGUCUUAGCAGGGUUGGCAAGUAUCUGUGGAAUCUGCCAACUCUUGAUCAGGCCUGGAAACUGCCAUGCUGAUCGGAUCUGUUUUCUUAUUAUAAAGAAGGUGAGUUAGUACUGUAAAUUGAAGAUGUUGAAGGAGAAGUUUGCCCAAUGUCGUCUCCAACUAAGCUUUAGUCAAGAUUUGUCAUGGUGAGGAAGCCAACCACAGUAACCGGGACGUCCUCUCCUUGGCCAGGGCUACAACCUCCUUUGAGAAAAACCUUACCUUGUCCAUACUGGAGAUAUCCUUUCAGCCUGAGCAUGCUUAUCCAUCACUGGGCAAAACCUAGAUCAGGCUAACCAAAGAGGAAGGCCAUGCAUGUGGUAAAAAUCCUUUAAGAUGACAGUAAGGGAACAGUGCAAUAAACAUUGAGGACCAGUGAGGUGAAAGGUUUCUUUUGAAACAAGCUAGGCCAACUUCAGAAUUGGAGGAAGGGUUGGAGGAUUGUUCAGAAUCUACUUUCUAGCUGCUCCAUCAUAGACUGUCCUUUAUACAGCAGAAGAUCUUAACAGUGCCUAAAAGCCUAGUUUUGAAGUUUAUUGGCGUUUGGUCUUGUUUUGUUUUUUACAAUUUUUCUUUAUUGGAUUUAUUUGUAUUUCCUUUUUAAAUCUUAGAAGUAAUUAGAAUUUGACAGCUCUUUAGUGACUAUUAAUUAAAAAAUCUUUCACCAGAGGAAAAGCAAUAGAUUGUGUAGGGAAUAAUAACAGGAGAGUAAAGAUGCUGAAGGACUCUUCCAGAAUCCAAGGUGACAGCUUUGAAAAUUCUGGUUCAGUAAGAAAAUGUCACAACCCAUAUCAAUGGGUAGUUUUGAAAUUCUCUGAUCACUAUCACACAUUGGGGCAUCAAUUUGGAAAACUCUCAUUUGAGGCCUCUUUCCUAAGAUUACAAUAUUGAUACCUAUCUCUUUCUCUCUUCUCCUUAGCAACCAUCCAAGUCUACUUUUCCAGUUAAAAAUUUUUUAAGAAAGCUGUCAGCCUCGCUAGGUGGAAAAACUCCAUUGAGAGCUUUCAGAACUAACAUAAACAAUCCCUUAAGCACUCAAAGUAUUAUCUCCACUUUAAAUAAGCACCUUUAAAUUCAGAGCUCUUAACAGGUACUUAACAAAUGUGUACUGGGUAAGCACUAAGAAUAUAUUGACUGCACCAAACCGAAGUUACAGAAAUAAAUAAUUGACCCUUUAAAAUAUAUUCACAUUAACUGUCCUAAGACACUUCUCUUGAGGCUUUUGGAAAAGAACUUCUUCCUUGAAACUUGCAUACCCACUCCAGUUUUGUCACCAAAGAUCUUAAUCUCCAGAGCCCAACCUCCUCUCUCCCAGACAAAACGGAUACAGCAGGCUCAGGGGAUAUGCUUUGGUGGUCAAGGGAUGACGCUUUGGUUUUCAUUCUGUCCUCAGUGAUAUUUACAGAAGACUCGUUGUUAGAGGAGCUACUGAACUGUCUUUAUGACUUAGGGUUUGGUCAGAGGUUUAAAAAAUAUAGGGGGAAAGAAAUCAAGGAUAGUACUUGACACUGUAAACUAGUCUUUAAUAGAGUCAUGACCUGGAGACUGACGGAGAGAAAGAAACUUCCAGGGAAGAGAGUGAGCUAAAUCAUUUAGAACCAAACAAGGGUCGUUGGUGAAAUGUGGGUCAGCAUGGACACAGAGCACACCAUUGCCCUGCAUGGCCAGAGCCCACUGCAGUGGCCGGUGGGGGAGUCAGAUGACUGGCCAAUGAACUCAAGUACUGAAAAAGCCACAGUCUGGGUUUCGUUGUGGUUGCUGGAGUGGUUAAAACAUCCAUGCCCGUGGCAAGGAAAAUGCUGAGGCUGAUCUGUUGUGAUAGUGCCUUUCUUGUUGUAGUGAGUACUAGGCUAACAGUCUGUUCAGUUAUGCUUUUCUGGAUCACGGUCCUCAGUCUUCUGAGGAGGUCUGAAGGGAUAGUAUUCACUUAGGAUGAAGGGAUAGGGUAUUGCUCCUGGAAUGCUGUGAUGUGAUGAUAUUUGCACUAAACUCUACUUUAAACUGGAGCAACUGAAUGAGAGAAAAACCAAGGAUGGUUCAAAGUUAACAGAAACCAAAAGCAGUAUUUUCUGACUGAUGCCAUUUCUUUGUCUUCUUUUUUCUUUUUCUUUUUCUUUUUUUUUUUUUCUUUUUUCUGGAAGAAAACUUCACACUUGUUGAUUAUCAAGCUCAACUCUUACCAAUUAUUUCCUUCUUAUUUUAUUACCACACUGAACCAUCAGUGUGAGUUAACCAUCAGGUAGGCAGAAUUAAUAGAAACGGCCUCUGUCAUUCCAACUUCGCACCCCUUCUCUGGUUCAUCAAGGGCAUGGGGCAUUGGGGGGCUGGGAGCCACCCAGAGCCGUUGAGCCUUUAGGAAAGCCAAUGAGCAUAGAUGUCAUGUCAAGAGCUGAGUUGACACAUAUUUGCUCAGAGGACAUGGGAUAACCUGCAGCUAAUCCUAAAGGAUGCUCUGAAAGAAGGAAACCAAUGUGUUAAAGAAAACAAAGGGAGGUGGUACCCAAAGUUCGCUGACUUCUUCUCUCUCUUCUCUUUCCCACCUCACCCCAUGUCCCCUCUAUUGGAACUAUAUUUCAUCUCAUAUAGUGUAUGUUACCAGAAGAAUUAUGUGGUUCCUUGGUUUCUCUCUUUAUCAGUAGACUGGGAACUCCUCCAAAAUUAAAAACAAAUACCAUCAGUGGCUCCCCUGUGGCCCACCAGUUUCUCGAAUGCUGUCCAGCUGGUCUUGACUGGUCGACUAAGAUAACUUGGAAGCUUUGGCUGGCUCACCCACUUGUCCACUUGAUUUUCAUUUUGUUUUCAUUUCCAUUUGAAAUUUGAGUGAUCUGAUGGAAAGGUGGAAAUCACAAGAAAAAUUUGGAGGCUGAGAUUCUAGGGCACAGCUUGUCAGGAGUUUGUGUUAUCCAAAUUACAUCUUUCUCUACCUGUUUUUGGUUUAAUCAGUUGCCCUGAUUAUAAUUUCUAUUAUAUUUGUGGUUAUUUUUAUAAGAAUAGAGUCCAUUUGCUAUGUCUAGUUGAGUGCUUUUUAUUUUCUAGUCUCCCCACAUGGAUGCAGUACCAACCUGUUCGUGAAAUACCUUUUUAUUAUAUUAUUAAUAUGUAAUUCUACUGUAGACCAAAAAUAUAAAAACAAAUCUGUUCGUUUUAAAGAUGAACUAGUGAGUGAAAGACUUAAGAGUUGAAGGAAAAGACAGAAGCGCAGUGGUCAACUAUGCUGAGUUAGAGAUCUAAGAGUAGCCUUACCUGCUUUCUCACCAGUGCUUGCCAAUCAUACAGUAGUUGGGAUUAUAUAGUCUUGGCUCCUUCAUGCUUAUGUUUUAUAAUUCUUGUUUGUCCGUUUGUUUUUCUUCGAUGUAAUUGAGGUUGCACAUCAUGCUAUUUUUGGCAAUGCCUGAUUUUAUUAUAUUGUACUUUUAUCAGUCAUUUCCUUUAGAAGGAUGGGGGAAACGUUUUAUUUCUUCUUUUAAUUUAAAAUUUGUUUAAUGCACUGGAAAUAAAAUUGGACAUAUUUCACUGUUUAAAAGAUCAGAAACAAAACAGAACAAAAACCACAAAGAAAAAACCAGCAACCAAAUAAGCAAUGGGGAACAAAAACUUGAAAAAAAAAUCUGUCAGUCCUCAAUACACAUAGAAAAUAUGUCCCACUUGAAAAAGAAAUACCAUCAAGUAAGAAAAAUGCAUUGUUUAAGCUGCAAUACUGAGACAUAGACGAUGCCUGGGUUCAGUGGGGCUGGGGAAAUAGGGCAUUCCUUUGAGAUCUGAGAUCUUGUCAUUGCCCCAGUUAAUGCCCAAGCAGGUCGAAUGUGGGAGAGGUGACUACGGACAAAAUAGCCCAGCCUCUGCCCACCACGGAGCCCUCCGUUACCUUCUAUCCUGUACUUGAGCUUCAUUGUAAGCGGGGGAAGUGUGCUGUGGUGGAGAAACUGGCUUGGAUAGAGGUAUCUGUGCAGUACACACGUGGACAGUUUAGUCCUGUGUCCAUCCUCAUAUGUUUCUUUUCUCCAUAAGAGGUGGCGGCAGAUAAUCCCACAACAUGCGAGGCUAAAUGACUCCUUAGAACAUCAGCUGAUUCUAAAGAAUGUUUUGAGUCCAACCUGAUUACCCAUCUUCAGCAUUCCCAGAUGCCAACAGAGCCAGUUAACCCAUCCAAAGCCACAGUGAAAGGAAAGGAGAGAGAUUUUGUUCUAAUCAACCAGCUGUAUCAUGUGUUUAAUGUUUGCUGGGUUUUUCUGGUUUUGUUUUGUUUUCAAAUCGGGGUGGGAGUGGACGUAACUUCACAAACCUAAUACAGUAACUGUUUUGCAUCUUCCAUGUUUUAUGCAAAAGCAGACAUUUAAAUCAAUAAAUAAUUGUGCCCUAGGCUGAAAGUUAAUGUUUAGGAGAGGAAAAAAAUUGUUGGAAUUUUUUCUACAUUUUUUUGUGAAGAAUCUUUUUUGGAAAGGAAGGAUACAUAUUUUUGUUGUGUAAUAUUUUCUAUUUUUGAAUGCAUUUUAUUGGUACAAGACUGUUUUUUUGGUGAAGACAUUAUUUAAAAAAAAAAAAAAGAAAAAAACUAAUCGAAAAGUUUGCCCUUAAGGAUAUGCUGCAGUUUUGAGGUUAAAAAAAAAACUGAUUCAAGAUGCGUGUUAAAAGUAGGGAUUAUAUUGUUGUUUUUUGUAAUUGUUACAAGAAGAAGUUUGUACCCACUGCUGUUUAUUUUGUUUCAGAUGAGUAAGUAAAGGGAUUGUUCUUGUUUUAUUCUUUUUUUAGAGAAAAAAAAAGCUAUUUAUGAAAUGUCAAAAACACUGGACUGUGAGUUUAAGUGUGGAAGCAUUUUACCACCCUGUGUCUUCGACCAAUUAUGGGAAACCCCUUUUCUCUUCCCCCCCGCCUUAGCCUUGCCAAAUGAGAAAAAUGUAACAGCUGUCAGCCCUGCUUUAAUUUUUAUGGUUUGAAAAAGUCAGAAAACCAAAGUUAAAUUUGUUUCUGAAAUCCCACUGUCCGUAGCCCUUUUUUGUAUGACACAGCCAGUUGACUCUGCCUCUCUGUCUUGGAUCAUUGCCUUCUUAAGGACUGGGGGCCAACUCUGAUGCAGCAGAGGCAUAAAGGUGGUGAGCCUGAGAGUUGAGGUCUCACGAAGUCGAUGUGAGUGGGACUUCAACUUCUCAGUAGGCAGCCAUGCUUCCCCAUCCCGCGGCCAGGCUGCCGAGAGAGCCCAAUGCUGACCUGCCUGAGGAGAGAGCCCCCCAUAGCCUCCAUCCUCAGCUUCUAAGCCCCCUCCUGUUACCAUCGCUCUCCUUUCUGGCUUUGCCUUUCUCAGCAGCCCACCUUCCAUGGAUGGGGUGGGGAGGAAGGAUCCAACUGAAGGAAAUGGCUGUGGGCGCUGUGAAGCUACCCCCAGCCCUGGGGGAGGUAGGGCAAGAGACCCUCUAGCACAAGGGAUCUUGCCUGCCUCACAUUUGACCCCAUGGCUGGUCCAUCCAUCUGCUCACUGUGAAGAUGGAGAGGUGGAAUGCCCUAAGGCUGUUCAAUAGCUUUUCCAUAUUUUUUCAACAUUGAAAAAAUAAUUUUUAAAAACUGUGAUUUAAAAAAAAAAUCAUUUGGCUGGAGGGAAGGGAAAAGGGAAACCAAAAGCUGUAACAUGAUUAACUGGAGAUAUUUAACUGGGGGCACUUUCUAGACCAAGACAAAUGAAUUCCGUUCUGGACCCAAAAGCAGCCAAAUCUUGAGACUGUCAAUGACAGAAUGCUGAAGAGAGGCCUUCCCUUCCUCCUUUCUCUUUUCCUCUCUCUGUCUCAAACUCUCUCCUGUUCUCCUUUUCCACCUUCCCUUGGACUUCAUCUACCACAGCGGCCCUUGGACUCAUGCGCGCGCACACACACACACACCCUUGCAAAAUACCAUUUUUCUUAAGGAUUGUGGGACCGAAUAAAAUCAUGUGCCUUCAUUUUUUCCUUUUAUUGUUAGGUGAACCUCUUCCUUUUUACAAAAAGAUAAAUAAAUAAGGGAGGUUGAAGUGUUAUGGAGCACUUGGGCGUCGUUUACAAAGUAAGUUUUGUUUAGCACGUUCCCCCUAAGGAUUAACACAAACAUUUCAACCGCUUCACCCGUGCUCUUUGGACGUUUCGGAGCAUCAAGUAACCAGAUGCAUGACAGCCCAAAUCCAUUUGAUUUUAGAGCGAUGCCUGAAAAUUUUAUUUCCUACACUUUUUGAUCUUUAUCAAAAAUGAGGUGAGCAAUGGCAAGCAGCCUUGUUCUCCCAAUUUGGUGCUUUUGCGUGUGGCUGGGGUGGGCGUAGGGGUGGGGGGAGUGGGUCUGUUUAGACAAAGGGUGCAUUCCUAAAGAUCUCUGGUGCUGAAGGGCCUCCAGUUCCUUUCAGAGACUGCAUUUGACACACUUUAAGUACCCCCGAAUGGUAUCACAUGCAAUAUUUUAAUGGAGCAAUGGGAGAGGCUCUUUGAAACGGGGUUUUGCAUCUUUUUGUAACAUUUUGAUUUCUCUGGUGCCUUAUUCCUACUCGUCGCGGGCACUCACAUACCCACAGGGAGCAGACGAGGAAGUCAGCCUCCCGAGUGGGGUCGCCUGGGUGAUGCUUGAGCGGGCGGGGCGUGGGGACGGUGGUGUCCGUUGGUGGGAGGGGACUAGAUGGCAUCUCUUAGCCGAAGCCAAGCAGGAACUGCACAAAUCCACACAAAGUUAACAAUUCCGACCCGUAAUACACCGCACAUUCAUCCUUCCUCAUCUGAGCUUCCUUUCCUUCCUCCUCUUCUAUCUCUGCCUUCUCGUAAAGGUGCUGCUGCUGCUGCUGCUAAGGUGCCCGGAGUCCAGAACGCCCAGAAUCACUCAGGCACGAGCCUGGCACUGCCACGUCAGCCCCUGGCACGACCAAACCCGGGUUUCUCUUGCUGGGGGCUGAAAACCAUCAGAUUUUUCUCAUCAAAAAUGUUUUCCAAGGAAUCAGUGGAUUACAGUUAUUCUGCAUUGAAAAUGCACUUUAAAAAAAUAAAUCAAAGCUCCAGACUGUUUAAAAUGUACAGAGGGAGCAGGGGAAAGAUAAACACGUGCUAGUGUCUGAACCCAGUUCAGUUUAUCUCCAGUUGAAACAAUAUACACUAUAUUAUGUAUAAAUGUAUACACACUUCCUAUAUAUAUCCGUAUAUAUAUAUAGUGUAUAUAUUAUACAUGUAUAGGUGUGUAUAUGUGCAUAUAUACACACAUGCACAUAAUAAAUCCAGAUGCUCAUUACAAAACCAGAUACUACACAAACAGCAGCAGAGGAAACAAGGUUGGACUCUUGCAACAGAUCACAAAAAAUAAAAACAGCCACUUGCAGUGACUUUGGUCAUUUCUGUAUGUUCACAAAGAAUGGAUUGUAACAAAGAAAAAAGGAACAGUGUUAGUGAAAGAGGAAAAAUGGGCGAAACCAUCUUGACCCAACAGGAAUGCAGUAAUGUUCUGUAUCAUUUCACCUAUUUCUUUUAGUCACAUUGAUUUGAUUUCAGUUUCUGGCUAUUACAUUUUUUUUUAACUCAAGUGACCCACAACAAACUGAACAAAACAACUACAGUGAAAGCCCUUUUCAAUGGAAGAUGUCAGAAAUCUCAAAACCCUUGGCCUGGCUCAGAACUACCAUGUGCAAAUCAGUACUCUCUUAAUGUUUGAAAUAAAACUGAAAAAAAAAAAACUUUUUGAAGCACCUUAAUGUGGCCAUCCAUUCAAGGAAUGGGUGCCACUUUUUUUCUUUGAGCACCUUAUUGACGUGUUUUGCUAUCUGCUGUCUUUCUGUUACCUAUUGGCUGAAUGGCUAGCUGUUAACACACACAUGUGCACAGACCAGAGGUCUGGGCACGUGUGUUCUCAAUGAAGUUUACUGUGGUGACUGCUGAAAGGUGAACCCAUUUCCUGAUCUUCCCGCCACAGUGUUGUGAUAAGAUUCGAAGAGACCCUAUUCCCUGCACAGAAAUGUUUCUUAUCACAUUGUAUCUUAGAAUGGAAAGGAAUAUGGUCCCUUUUUUGCAAUUGCUACUGUGUACACACACACACACACACACACACACACACACAUGCACAAACAUAUUCAUUCGUCCAUGUGGUAUUUUCAGUGUCUGUGUGGGUGUCACUGUUUACGCAGUUUCAAUUUCCCAGGAAUUUUGAAUGGAGGGCAACUUUUCUAACCAGAUUGUCUUUUCAGACUGAAGACCUGGGGAUUGGGGAAGAGUUUGGAAAGAGGGAGAGGCAAGGAAAAAGAGAGCUUUAAAUGGAAAGAAUGAUUUCCCACAAGGAACCUGGCCUCAAUGACUGCAGAGACUCUACCCUCCUAUCUUUGCAGGUGGGCAAGGGACACUGCUUGUAUCCAUCUGUGUACCAUGCAAACCCAUGUAAACACAGAGACACACAUCCAUCCAUCCAUCAGUAUACACACGUGGUUCAGGAUGAGCAGGUCAAUAGUUUUGAGAGGGAGUUUGUUCCUUUUUUUUUCUCAUUAUACUCUUAAAUUGUUGUCAGUUAUCAAACAAACAAACAAAAAAUUGUUUUGAAAAACCUUGCAUACGCCUUUUCUAUCAAGUGCUUUAAAAUAUAGACUAAAUACACACAUCCUGCCAGUUUUUUCUUACAGUGACAGUAUCCUUACCUGCCAUUUAAUAUUAGCCUCGUAUUUUUCUCACGUAUAUUUACCUGUGACUUGUAUUUGUUAUUUAAACAGGAAAAAAACAUUCAAAAAAAGAAAAAUUAACUGUAGCGCUUCAUUAUACUAUAUUAUUAUUAUUAUUAUUAUUGUGACAUUUUGGAAUACUGUGAAGUUUUAUCUCUUGCAUAUACUUUAUACGGAAGUAUUACGCCUUAAAAAUACGAAAAUAAAUUUUACAAGGUUUCUGUUUUGUGUGGAAGAGUAAUUGAUGUUGCUAAGAAUGAUGUUUGUUUUUUGGGGUUUUUGUUGUUUUUUUUUAAAUGUUACCAGCACUUUUUUUGUAAGUUUCACUUUCCGAGGUAUUGUACAAGUUCACACUGUUUGUGAAGUUUGAAUAUGAAGGAAUAAUUAAAAAAAAAAAACUCUUC